CCUGAAUCGAGCAUAGCCUCAUUACCAGUUACACCUUGACACUUGACAGCCGCCACCGCAAAAAGCAGCAGAUGCUAUGCGCCUAACACAUACAUGACUCUAAACGCUAGGGGAGCGGGGUCAGCCAAGUUUGAAGGCGGUUCACUGGUCCACCUAUCGCGCGCAUCACUGCCCAGAAUCCCCAGCGUCAUUGCAAUCAAGCAGCAGUGUGCAGCUUCCCGUCCACACCACUGACAUUCCCGCCGUCGUUUAGUGCUGGUUAAGAUGCCUAGGUAGGCAACCUUGACGGGAUCAACAUACCUACAACAACUAAGGACAGUAAGGGCAAGCUGUGCUACCUUCACUUUGUCACCCAACACCCAGGACGUGGCGAUACUUAUUAUUUGAGUAACCGCAACUGAAAGCACUUCACGUUAUCUCGAAGGGAAGGUAGAGGUACGCAUUCAGCCUUCUAGACUACCUAGGUAUACCUUUCAACUGCCUAGAAGCUUUCCGCCUUCCUUUCUACAGCCCAGGCGGGUUUACCUCGCCUUCCUCAGACUCUUUUCAUAGUUCAAUCAUCCCGACCACCGCAUGACGGGCAAACGGACUGACGGCUGCUUUGAAAUUUUCUAGACUACUUACGAACUCUGCCUCUUCGUCCAAACGAAUCAUUUUACUCCAUCGACUGGUCGAGCUUUUCAGUGUGUCCCUCGACUUAUCCUGCGCAUGCUCGCCUGCGUCGCAGCACUUUCUUCGUACUAUUGCGCCACGACCGAUUAAACACCCGGGGCUUUAUUUACCAGCUUCAUCAUGGCGGAUGUCGACAUGACCGACGCCCCGGCCUCUGCGCCCGUUGUCAAGAAGAACACCGCCGCCGAGAGCAAGGGGAAGAAGGCAGAUGGCAAGCCUCGGUUCGAGGUCAAGAAGUGGAACGCGGUGGCCCUUUGGGCUUGGGAUAUUGUCGUCGACAACUGUGCCAUCUGUCGAAACCAUAUCAUGGAUCUGUGUAUUGAGUGCCAGGCCAACCAGUCAUCGGCCACCUCAGAAGAAUGCACGGUUGCGUGGGGUAUUUGCAAUCAUGCGUUCCAUUUCCAUUGCAUCUCGAGAUGGCUCAAGGCGCGUCAAGUAUGCCCUCUCGACAACAGAGAUUGGGAGUUCCAGAAAUACGGCCGUUAAAGGCCUGGAAAUCAGGAGUUGGAUGCCUGUUUGCGGCUACUCGACCAUGCUGAAGGGCGAGACACGGAUGAAGACAACGUCUGCGAAUUUUCAUAAGUCUAGAUAGCAUAAGCCAGGGAGUAUCACACGUUAAGAGGCUUCCACGAAUGUAAGCUAGCGGGCCACGCCAGAUCGAGCAUGGCUCAGCGAGCAUGCUUCACCGUGCAGCAGUAUGAAUAUCAUGGCCGGCGCAUCAUACUUUGAUGAUGUUGCUUUGCUCAACCUCCUUUCUCGCGGACGUACACCUGAACCGUGCGACGAUGCGACAAGAACGCCAGUCUACCUGAAA